AUGAUUAUUUUGGAAAUUCCAGCGAUACUUCUCUCAAUUGUCAUAUUAGUCUAUUUCGUUCUGGAUCGUCAAGCUCGUUCGAAAUUGAAAAAUCAUGGCUGGAUCGUUUUACUUCUAUCAAAUUUUCUUCAACUUAUCAUAAAUCUGCCAAUGCCAAUGAGUUAUUAUUAUCGAGGUACCGUUUGGCCGCAAACAAAUUCGUAUUGCACAUGGUGGGCUACAUCUGAAUUUUCAUUCAAUAGUAUCGGACUAUUUUUAAUGGCGUGGAUUUCAAUCGAACGACAUUUUAUUGUUUUCCAUUCGCAUACAUUUCUUCAAGGAUAUUGGAGAAAAUGUUUGUUCCACGUUUUUCCGAUUAUACUUUGUUUGAUUUUAUCACCGGUCUUUUUCUUCGUAUUUAUUGUUAUAAGUCCACUAUGUACAUCUGACUGGGACUUUGGUUUACUCGGUUGCGGUGCUCCGUGUUAUUACGGAGAAUAUUUUCUUAAUCAAUUUGAUUUUUAUUUUAAUCUUCUCGUCCCAACUUUCAUUAUUGUGUUAGCAAAUGUAAUGUUAGUCGUUCGAGUUAUCCAUCAAAAAGUCUCACGGCAACGAAUUAUUCAUUGGAGACAACAUCGUCGAAUGAUUUUACAAUUGUGGAUUAUUUCAUCAUUGUAUGUCGCAUUUUGGUUACCUGUUUCAAUAACUCUGCUAGUGCAAAUAACUGCUGAUCCUUCGUUCAUGAUGCAUUCUCUCGCAGUAAUGCAGUUUCUCACAUAUCUCAUUCCACUUCUAUUACCAAUGAUGUGCCUUAGUACAUUGCCAGAAUUAACCAAGAAAAUUCUGCGUAAAAUAACAAACUCACGAUCGAAUGUGGUAGAGGCUAUGUCUGGUAAUCGAAAUGUAAGAGUAGCAAUUGCAAUUACACGUAUAUGA